AUGCGGAAGGUGUUCCCCGUGCUCGCGCUCAUCGCAUUCGCGUGUGACAUCUCGCGCGACGUUCUCGUCCACGGCGAUCCCGCGAGGAAGCCGGAAGCUGCGGGACGAAGCGGCGGCUAUGAGUAUCAUCAGACGGAACCACGUGGACGGUUCGGCGACGCGGAAGUGCCGCAGAGCUCCGCGGAAAAUCGCGAGCGGUCGAGCGAGCCUCCUGUAGGCAAGUGGAGAAGCAACGGCGAGGCUCUCGAGCCCAAGUGGCGCGACGGCGACUCCGUGCCUCUGCUGCCUUUCUCUCAUUACCGGUCCUACGCGAGGGACGAGGUCGAGGAUGUUGAGCAGGAGGCCUCCUCACCGGAGGCGAGUCGCCGACCGUUCAAGUAUCAUUACGCGAUCGAUCAACCGGAUCGUCCCCGAGGGAAUACAGGCAGACGAUUCCCGCCGGCGGACGAGUACGACGACCGCGAGGCCUCGUACCGAGGUCGGGACGAUUACGAGAAUCCCGACGAGGAUUACCCGCGCAAGAGGCGUCGUCCGUUGAAAAGCACGCAGAGUCCGACUGCUCCGUUCGAGGAGACGAUCGACAGCGCGGCGAGCAGCGACGGGAAACGCGGUCGUAACAUCGUCGACAGUUUGCUGAACGACCGGGAGGCCACCUGGAGGUAUCGCGAGGCCUUCCAGGCGCGUCCGAACGAGUACGAGCACGAGUUCAACGACGAGGAGUACCUGAGGCCUCGCCCGCGGAAGAGGCGACCGCCGCAGAACUACGAGUUCGCUCUGGCAAACGAGGCAUCCUCCGACGACGGGGACGAGGAGCCGGGAGACACCGCUCGAUAUCCGCCGAAGGGCGACGGCAAUCCUCCGGCGAAGGAGUCGUCCGACCAGGAGCGCGAGAAGGCGCUCGAGCUGAAGUCGCUUCUGAAGAUGCAGCAGGAGGAGGGCUCGAGUCUGUCGGAGAUACUGCAGCGCCGAAAUCUGACCCUGAACGAUCUCCUGAAGGGCAAGGCCGACGUGAUCAACGCCCUGAAGUCGCGGAUCGCCGACGAGUCCGACGAGUACAUCGAGGAGAUGUCGAGGGUGAUGUCCGACUCGCUGAUGAAGCUCGCCGCGACGGUGACGCCACCCUGGGGCUCCACGCAACCGUUCGAGAGUACCACGAUAAGAAUCACGACGACCUCGGGUGCGACUCGGGAUGACUCUGCAGCGCAGACGGCGGCCGUCGCGGACGAGGCAUCGAAGAGUCACGAGGAGGUUCCCACGAGUCGCGUUCGAGAAGAAUCAUCGCAAGACGCCGCGGAGAGGAUGACGCAAUCCGCGCACGAGUCCUCGUGGCUGAGAGCGCCGACGACUCCCCUGACGCUUUCGACGGUGAUCACCACGUCGACGCCGCCGCCGGUCGCGGUGAACUCCGCGGAGUACUUUCUGAACGACGACGGGAACGCGGAAUCGUCGAGCGACCGCGCGGAAUCGACGAGGCUCGGGAGCCUCGACGAGGACGAGAUCAUGGAGUUCUCAGACUUCACGGACUUCAAGAAGGGCAAGAGCUCGGCGCCGCCGGUUUGGUCGAGCCCGCCGGGAUCCGAGAGAAUCGUCCCGCAGCCCCGCGACACCGUGUCCACUUUGAGCAUCGAGCAGAUUCUCAAUCCCACGGAGCGGACGAUCAGGCCGGCGGAGGGUCGUGGGAACGAUCGGGAUGACGACAUCGGAGGCGAUAAUAACGAUGGAAAAACGACCAGGGAUAACGAUCGAACGGUUUCCAUCGGCGUGCCGACCGCGGAGGAUUACAACACGUUUAUCGAAGCCGAGUAUCAGAGCGACGCUCCGGACGUCGAAGACGACGGGCAGCAGAGUAAGGAUCACUCGAGUAAAAUUGACGCUGUUGCGGGUCAGGCCGAGGGGAAACAGAUCGCGAGUCCGGCUGAUGACAGAAGGGAGAGGCCGCGCGACAAGAAUCACUCGAUCGAGUAUCAUCAGGUGACCCGAUCGCCGGGAGGUCGCGAUCGCGCGUUGGAGAAUCACCGGGACACGAGACGCUACGAGGAGGCCGUGUCCGAGAUCGAGCCGGAGGCGCGAGCGGAGAUCUUCGAGCUGUUCGCGUCCGGCUCGGCCGGCAGGCGGCUGGAACGUCUUCUCAAGUCGCGGAACAUGAGCGUGGAGGAGCUGAUAGCCCUGCGUCAGCGUGGCUCCAGCAAGGUCCAUCUGACGGAGGUGUCACGGCUGAGGAUGUCCAAGCCGAAGAGCCGUCAAACUCUGGAGGGCUCCGACGCGGGCGACGGACGGAUCGUCAUCCCGCUCUCGUCCACGGGCAAUUCUAACGAGCCUUACGACGAAGUUGCGUUCUCGGAGAAGAGAAUCGAGGCGCAAGAGGCGAUGAAUCGAUUCCGCGACAUCAUGAGCUAUCUACACGAUCCGUUCUUCGGCAAAGACGUGGAGAACAUGUCGAUGUCGAGACUGCUAGAUCUCGCCGAGCGCGACAGAAACGCGCCGACGGAGGGGACGUAUCCGGAGGACGACGACGACGAGCCGAACGGGAAUGCCGGCGAACUGGAGAACUCCCGCCGAACGGUGCAGAUCGUCGAUUUGCUGACGACGUUCGAUUCCCUGCCCUUCGCGAGGGACGUGCAGCGGCAGCGGGAGACCGAAGUCGACGGUGACGAACGCGAAUCAAAAGUGAGGCUUGCGGUGGGCAACGAUAACGCGAGUGUAGUGGUGAUCAACGAGACGGAGAAGAGCCUUCGAUCGGACAACUCCAGCGACGAGUUCCGCGCCGGAUACGUCGAGGAGAUCGUGAAGGAGGAGCCGAACGUUAUCGAUAUAAAAACGGCGGUGUACGGCGAGACGGUGAGCGGCGCGAACGGCGGCGGCGGCGGCGGCGGCGAGGAGAGGAAGACCCUGUCGAAGGUGAAGCCGAGCAUAAUAGCGAGCGGCGCGAUACUGGGCGUGACGAUCGUCGUCUUCCUGGCGAUCUUCGUCACGUGCCGAAUUCGGCAGAAGCAGAAGUACACGUACAGGAACACGUUCUCCCGCGCGGUGUUCCAGGGCCCGGUAAUGGCCGCGAGGAAGCUGUCGAACUCCAGCAGUUUGAGCGCGGUGAUGGUGAACGUCGUCGCCACGUCGACGACCAAGAGGCCCGAGAGAACGGAGGCGCAAGACGAGGAGUUCGACAACAAGAGCGACAUGGAUAACGACUCGUUAGACGCGAACGACAGUUGGGAGACGAUACCCGAUUACGCGAAGUAACUCGUCGCCGGCACGAUCGCACGGUUAGCCUAUUGGUUUGGCGCAGAAGAUUCGUUUUUUUAUAUCAGUCUCUCAUUUAUUGAAUAAAACUGAAAAGUGUCACUUUUUAAUCGUAUUAAUUUCAUAGUAAUAUUUACUUGAAACGAAAUUACAUUGCUAUUAAAAUUGUAUAAUAUUGUUUUUCCAUCUCAAAAGUUUUUCUUAUAUUCGGAAUCUUAUAUUCGGAAUAUUCAUUAUUUAAAAUAAAAGAUAACAGAGACGCGUGUAAAUCUUUUGCGUCAAUCUAAUAGAAAAUUGCCAGUAUUUUUGCUUAUCAAGGAUGAGUUAUCCCUAAGGCUGAUGAUGAAUGUCUCGUCGCGUUAUUUUAUCGACAAGGAAGCAAAUCAGUUCAAUAGUUGUAUAUAUGUAUGUACUUUUCCAAAUCACUCGGUACAAAAAAUGUUGCAAUUAAAAUAUACGGUUAUAUUAUUUUCUAAAUAGGAUUUUCUAAGAAAUGAAAAUCUUUUUCAUCGUGAAAAUUGCUAAAUCGUUUUGCUGAACUUCUACGUGUAGAAAAUAAGUAUGUAUUUAUUUAUAGGUUUAUAUGUAUAUGUUGUAAGAGUUAAAUUUUAUAUAUAAAUUGUAAAUUUUACUCAACUAUCGACCGAUUUACCACCCAUUGAUAACCCAUCCUUAUUUAAAAUUAAUUACAAUCUAAUUGCUCU